AUGGAGGCAGGACCCAGGCUCUUCACUGACUCUGCAGACACACCCAGGAUCAUGCUCCAGUGUGAGCGGACGUGUGAGUGUGAGCGGACGUGUGAGUGUGAGCGGACGUGUGAGUGUGAGCGGACGUGUGAGUGUGAGCGGACGUGUGAGAGUGUGAGCGGAGCGUGUGAGUGUGAGCGGACGUGUGAGCGGGCGUGUGUGAGCGGAUGUCGGACGUGUGAGUGUGUGAGCGGACGUGUGAGCGGACGGACGUGUGAGUGUGGACGUGUGAGUGUGAGCGGACGUGUGUGUGAGCGGACGUGUGAGUGUGAGCGGACGUGUGAGCGGACGUGUGAGUGUGAGCGGACGUGUGAGCGGACGUGUGAGUGUGUGUGA